AUGGCCGCAAAUGAGGGCCCAGGCGCUGUUCGACCCAAGCCGGCCGCUACGCCAUGCGGUCCUCAGCCAAAGGGUCACCACACCCAUCGCGACGGCCACCUAACCCAAGACCACCCACCACCCACCACCCCCUCGUGGUCCCCUGAGUCAUCCGUGGAUCCCUCGCAAGAACGAUGGAAUGGGGGGCAACAUCAGGAUCGGGACCUGGCCGUGAUGCCGUGUCUCAAAAUCGACGGCUGGUCAUGA